AUUAUUAGAGCAUUUCACUAUAGUAGGUAGUAGGUAAGGCAGUAAGACAGUUUCAUAAAUUGAAAGGAACGAGCGAGCUCAACCCAUUAAGAAUCAAAGUGAUUAAACAAAAAUGGAGGAAAAACAAAUGAAAGUAGUGAUGUAUCCAUGGUUUGCCAUGGGACAUGCAAUUCCAUUUAUGCACCUAGCUAACAUACUAGCUGAGAAAGGCCACAAAGUCACUCUAUUACUCCCUAACAAGUCCAAACUUGUAGUUGAAUCUUUAAAUCUCUAUCCAUCUAUUGUGACACUCCAUACAAUCACCGUACCCACGGUCCAUCCACUCCCUCCUGGGACGGAAACCACCUCGGACAUCCCCUUCCACCUCGAAACACACCUCGCCACCGCUUUAGACCUUUUCCGUCCUGAGUUUGAGUCCAUCAUUGCUAAACUCCAACCCAAUGUUGUCUUCUACGACUUUGCCUAUUGGAUUCCAGAGGCACUUGCUGCCUCUGGAUCCAAGGCCAAGUGUGUUUCUUAUUGGGUAGUUUCUGCUGCGGGUAUGGCAAUGACUGUCAUCCCAUUUCGGGAACCAUCAAAAAUCAAUGAGAAUUUGUGUAUUGCUGGUGGUGUAAGUGUUCCUCCAGGUUACCCUAUGUCGUCGUCCAUGCCUAUUGUCAUGGACGACGCGAAGGUGAGGUCGUUCUUGUACAUGCCCUACGGUGAAGGGGUGACCUUUUACCAUCGCAUUGCUAACUCGCUCAAAGGUAGUGAUACUGUCAUUGUUAAGACAUAUGGUGAGAUAGAAGGCAAGUAUUGUGAUUAUUUGUCUACCCAGUACAACAACAAGCCCGUCCUUCCACUCCUACUCCUCCCAAAGCCUAAGGAGGCAAAGCUCGAGCCUCGUUUGGCCGAGUGGUUGAGUCGGUUUGAGCCAGGAACGGUUGUAUUUUGUGCCUUUGGGAGUCAGGUUGUGCUAGAUGUGGCCCAAUUUCAAGAGAUCCUGCUCGGGUUUGAAAUGACUAGAUUACCCUUCUUGGUGGCGUUUAAGCCCCCCACUGGUUGUGCAACCGUGGAAGAGGCGUUCCCUGAGGGGUUUAAGGAGAGGGUUGGAGAGCGAGGGGUGGUGACCGGGGAUUGGGUGCAACAACCACAGAUACUAGCGCAUCCAUCUGUUGGGUGCUUUGUGAGCCAUUGUGGGUGGGGGAGUAUAUGGGAGUCUUUGAUGAGUAAAAAUAAGAUAGUGUUGAUCCCACAACAACCUGAACAAGUGUUUUUUAGUAAAUUUCUUGCGGAGGAGUUGAAGUUGGUUGUGGAAGUAGAAAGAGGAGAGGAUGGGACAUGGGUGUCUAAGGAAAGUUUGUGUGCAUCUGUUAUAUCUAUGAUGGAUCAAGAUAGUGAGAUUAGUAGUUUGAUCAAGAAAAACCAUGAAAAUUUGAGGAACAAAUUAGUUGACCCUGGUUUUAUGCAUGGUGAAACUGAUAGAUUUAUCAAGCAUUUGAAAGCUCUUGUUAUUGGUCGUUGACCUUUUCAUUUUUUGUUAUUGAACAAGUUAAACGACCAUGAUCUCUAUGAAUAAGAAUAAAUCUUUGUUGGGUUGA